UGAACCCGGCCUCAAGGUGAAUUUUCACGAAACGAUGAGGAACCUGAAUCAGUUGUAUUGAAUGGGCAAAGCAUAUUCGCUGUUUUCCACCGUCCCAUCAAAAUGCAUCUUAAACCUUCGUCACUAUUUGGAGUUUGGAGUCUCACUGUUCAUACCGUAUAGACUUGGUAAAUUUCAACUGGGAAUGCUUGGGAAGCCGACAAUCGGAUUGUUAACGUUUUUAUGUUUUUCAAGAGGCUUGCAAGCCCAAAGCACAAAAGCUAUGAGCGCAGGUAUACAUUCCGUAGUUUACGUUACUGUUGGAAAGGAAGAUGAAGCAAAAAUGUUGGCUCGUGGAAUCGUGGAGAAUAGGCUGGCAGCUUGUGUCAAUAUAGUUCCAAAAAUCACAUCCGUGUAUCGAUGGAAAAACGAAAUACAAGAAGAUAGUGAACUUUUACUGAUGAUUAAAACAAGAACAGAUACUGUCGAUGUUCUGACAGAAUAUGUCAAGAGUAACCAUUCCUACGAGGUAUGCGAAGUAAUCUCCCUACCUAUUCAAAAUGGUAACAAGGCAUAUCUUGACUGGAUAAGCGACGAGGUGCCACCGUUUAAAGGAAAAACUGAUGUAAAAGAAGUGUAACUAUAUAGCACUUCAUGAGCAUUCUAAUUCAAAUUGUGUCACACAAAUGUCAAAUUUCAACAAUAUCUUUUUCACGUUCAAUAUUACUACUUAUUAUUUCGGCUGUAAAUUCAAUAAAGAUAAGAA